AUGUUUCGAAAACGUCAACAUACUCAAUCUCUAGUACGACAUAAAAAGUUAAAUGAAAUAAAUAAAAAUAAAGAACAAUAUAUUAAAGCAUGUUUUCAUGAAUUACCAUCAUGGGUACUUUUUCCUGACAUAGAACGAGCAGAAUGGAUAAAUCGAAUAAUAAAACAAGCCUGGCCAUAUGCAAAUCGAUAUCUUGAUCAAGCUGUUUUUUCUGAUGUACUUGUUCGAUUAGUUCGUGGAGCAUCAUCAACUUUAGCAGAUUUUUCAUUUGAAAAACUUGAUCUUGGAGAAAUCCCACCUAGAAUUGAAGGUAUUAAAGUUUAUACAGACAAUGUUCGUGAUCAAAUUAUUAUGGAUAUUGAAGCUAUUUAUACUGGUGAUGCAAUUAUUAAAGCAAAGUUGAAAGGCAUUGUGUGUGGAAUUAAAAAUAUACAGUUUGUUGGUGAUAUUCGAAUUAUUUUAAGUCCUUUAAUUAAUACAAUUCCAUUAGUGGGUGCAGUAACAUUUUUUUUCUUGAAAAAGCCUAGUAUUGAUUUUCAAUUAACCGAUGCCGGAACAUUAGUUGAUAUACCUGGUCUUCAUGACUUAUUACUUGUUCAAAUCAAUGAUAUUAUAGCAUCAAUGAUGGUUUUACCUAAUAGACAAGUUCUUCCAUUUGUUAAAGAUAUACCAAUCGGAUACUUAAGAUGUUCUAAUCUUCAAAGUGUUGUGCGAGCUUUUAUUUUAGAAGCAAAAGAUUUAAUUAAUGCAGAUCUUGUAGGAAAAAGUGACCCAUAUGUUAAAGUUAAAGUACCAGGUAGUAUUGAAUAUAGAACAAAAAUAAUUGAUAAUGCACUGAAUCCCAAAUGGAAUGAAACAUUUGAAUUUGUUGUUAAACAAUACGAAAGUGAUUCUAUUGAAUUUGAAAUAUAUGAUCAAGAUGUUGGUAAAGAUGAUUUUAUCGGACGAGCUCAACUUCGUCUUAACACAUUGGUUAACGAUGAUCAUAUUAAUACUUGGUUAACAUUACAGGAUGUAAAAAAAGGUUCAUUAAAUGUUAGUUUACAAUAUUUUUCAUUAGCAAAACAAAAAUCUGCUCUUGAAAUGAUUGAAAGAAAAAAUAAUGAAAUGAUAAAAGGAGAAAAAUUAUCAAAAGCUUUACUUGUUUGUUAUAUUGAUCGAUGUCUUAAUCUUCCUCGAUCAAAAAGAAGAAGUCAAGAACCAAAUCCAUUUUGUCGAGUUAAAGUUGAAAGUACUGAAAUUAAAACUCAAACAUUUGAAAGUCAAACAAAUCCACAAUUUGAACAUACAUCACAAAUUUUAUGUAUAAAUCCUCUUCAUGAAAAAUUAAAAAUUGAUGUAUGUAAUGCACAAAGUAAAAAUGAAGUAAUUGCAUAUUUUGAAAUGCCAAUAAAACAAGUCUAUGAUACUGAUACAAUGACUAUCGAUACCCAAUCAUAUCCAUUGAAAAGUGUAUCUGGACCAUUAGAUAGAACAGAAAUUAUUCUUCGAUUAUCACUUUUCAUUUUAUCUCCUGGCCAUUCAAGUGAAUCUCGUUUAAGUUCAUCACCACAAACACCAUCUGCUACGCCAUCAACAUGA